AUGUCCUCAAUCCUCGCCUCAAACCCUAUCCUCGUCAACAUUGGCACCCACUCUCUGGCGCUCUAUGCCCACGGCCCAGAACCAAGCAACACCAAAGAACCCGUCGUCCUAUUUAUCUCCGGCGUUGCAUGCUCCAGCCUCAACUGGGCAGCCGUGGUCCGGCUUCUUCCUCCAUCGCUGCGAAGCUACACUUAUGACCGUUCUGGGUUCCGCAAUUCCGAGCUCUCGCCUCUCGAGCCCACAGCCGAGAACGUUGCUCUGGAGCUUUCGCUAUUGGUCAAGAACGCUCCUAUAGAAAACCCUCUGAUUCUCGUGGGUCAUUCAUGGGCUGGCGUGCUUAUCAGUGAGUUUAUCGCCCUCACAGGCAAUGGUCCGCAUAUCGCUGGCCUGGUGCUCGUCGACGCCAACCACGAGACCGCACCAUUGGUUCUAGACGUAAAUGAUCCAAAUCUUUUGGCCAUUUCUGAAGGUCUCGAUUACUAUUCCGGCAUUGGUGUUGCGGCUGAACACAAAUUGACGCAGGAAGAAUGGGAUGCAUUGCAAAGCGACCAAUCAACGGAAAAGUAUAAAUUGACUGCGUACAAGGAGGAUGAAGAGCAGUACAUACCAAGCUUUGAGACACUACGGAAGAAAGGAUUGAGCAAGAAGCAGCCAAUAGUUGGAGACAAACCGGUGUUUGUUAUUGGCAGCUUGCGGAGUAGGGAUUGGACUGGGCUGUACAACGCGGGUGUAGAAAGAGGCAAUGGCACUGAAGAACAGAGGAGUCUCGUUAGAGAGUUGAUCAGGACGGCCGAUGAGAAGAGUGAGAGUUUAAUGAAGGAGUGGUUGAAGAUUUCGACAAGGAGCACGCUUGUGUUUGCCCGCGAGAGUGGGCAUUUUAUUCAGUUCACUCAGCCGGAUGUUGUUGUUGAUGGAGUGAAGUGGGUUCUGGAUCAAUCGAAAACAUCUUAG